AUGGUGACGGAGGUCAGAGGGUUCACUGACCCACAGAAGGACGAGUACUUCAGGAAGAGGUUCAGAGAUGAGCAGCAGGCCACAACAAUCAUCUCCCACAUCAAGGCGUCACGAAGCCUCCACAUCAUGUGCCACAUCCCAGUCUUCUGCUGGAUCACUGCUACGGUUCUGGAGGAGCUGCUGGAAACCAGAGAGGGAGGAGAGCUGCCCAAGACCCUGACGGAGAUGUACAUCCACUUCCUGGUGGUUCAGACCAAACUGAAGAACAUCAAGUAUGAUGGAGGAGCUGAGACAGAUCCACACUGGAGUCCAGAGAGCAGGAAGAUGAUUGAGUCUCUGGGAAAACUGGCUUUUGAGCAGCUGCAGAAAGGAAACCUGAUCUUCUAUGAGUCAGACCUGACAGAGUGUGGCAUCGAUGUCAGAGCAGCUUCAGUUUAUUCAGGAGUGUUCACACAGAUCUUUAAAGAGGAAAAAGGGCUGUAUCAGGACAAGGUGUUCUGCUUCGUCCAUCUGAGUGUUCAGGAGUUUCUGGCUGCUCUUCAUGUCCAUCUGACCUUCAUCAAGUCUGGAGUCAACCUGCUGUCACAUCUUAUGACGAAACAUGAACAUACACCGUUCUACCACGUUGCUGUGGACAAGGCUUUAGAGAGUCCAAAUGGACACCUGGACCUGGUCCUCCGCUUCCUCCUGGGAUUUUCUCUUGAGAAAAACCAGUCAUUCUUACAAGGUUUGAUGACACGAAUGAGAAGUAAUUUACAAACCAAUCAGGAAACAGUUCAAUAUAUCAAGAAGAAAAUCACAGAGUUUCCUUCUGCAGAGAAAAGCAUCAACCUCUUCCACUGUCUGAAUGAACUGAAUGAUUGUUCUCUAGUAGAGGAGAUCCAACACUAUCUGAAAUCAGGAAGUCUCUCCACAGAUAAACUGUCUCCUGCCCAGUGGUCAGCUCUGGUUUUCAUCUUAUUGUCUUCAGCAAAUGAUCUUGAAGUAUUUGAGCUGAAAAAAUUCUUUGCUUCAGAGGAGGCUCUUCUGAGGUUGCUGCCUGUGGUCAAAGCUUCCAACACAGCUCUACUGAGUGUGUGUGACCUGUCAGAGAGAAGCUGUGAAGCUCUGUCCUCAGUUCUCAGCUCUCAGUCCUCUAGUCUGAGAGAACUGGACCUGAGUAACAACAACCUGCAUAAUUCAGGAGUGAAGCUACUGUGUGCUGGACUGAAGAGUCCUCACUGUCGACUGGAGACUCUCAGGCUGUCAGGCUGUCUGCUCUCAGAGGAAGCUUGUGUCUCUCUGGCCUCAGCUCUGAGCUCCAACCCCUCCCAUCUGAGAGAGCUGGACCUGAGCUACAAUCAUCCAGGAGACUCAGGAGUGGAGCUGCUGUCUGCUGGAGUCAAGGAUCCACACUGGAGACUGGACACUCUCAGGGUGGAGCCAGGUGGAGUCCGAUGGUUGACACCAGGUCUGAGAAAGUAUUUCUGUCAACUCACCAUUGACACAAACACAGUGAACAGGAAACUACAACUGUCUGACAACAACAGGAAGAUGACACAUGUGGAGGAGGAUCAGUCAUAUCCUGAUCAUCCAGACAGAUUUGACCGGUGUCCUCAGCUGCUGUGUAGAAAUGGUCUGACUGGUCGCUGUUACUGGGAGGUUAAGUGGAGAGGAUACGUUGAUAUAUCAGUGAGUUACAGAGGAAUCAGAAGGAAAGGAUACAGUAGAGACUGUUUGUUUGGAUACAAUGAUCAGUCCUGGAGUCUGAGCUGCUCUAAUGGUUUUUACUAUGUCAGACACAAUGACAUAGAAACACCCAUCUCCUCCUCCUCUGUGUCGGACAGAGUAUCAGUGUAUGUGGACUGUCCUGCUGGUUCUCUGUCCUUCUACAGAGUCUCCUCUGACAAACUGAUCCACCUUCACACCUUCAACACCACAUCCACUGAACCUCUUUAUCCUGGGUUUGGGUUCUUGUCUCCUGAUUCCUCAGUGUCUCUGUGCGAUGUCGUAGUGAGAGUUUGAUGCUGUCAGAGAAACGUUGUCACUGUGACACAUAGUUCAGUCUGUUCAUGUCUGUCUUGUUGUCAUGUCAGUUAGAUGUAUUAAAACAAACUAUGGAGCAACUUGUGGAUUGUGUGAUCUUUGCAUUACACCUCUUUUUCCUAUUAUCUUUCAUUUUCCUCUGUUAUUGAAAUAAACUGCAAAAAUGUCUCUCAUCAGCUCCUUUAUUACAGUUGAUAAAUAGUUGUGUUGCUCCCAUUUAUUGAUUUUUCCAUGAAUCAUUUCAUUUGAAGUAUUAUUCACUGUUCUUCUGACAAACACUGAUCAAGUUGUUUGAGAUUGUGUGCUAUAAUAUAAUAAACAUGUAUGUAACCUUUAACUGUCAAUUAAUUUUUUUGCUUUUGUUCAAAAUUCUAGUUGGUUUUACUUCUCGGUUUCAUAAGGCCUCCUUUCCACCUCUCUGGAAACGCAGGGGGGACACGGCCCCCCCUGGAGUCCCUUCAAGACUGUUGUGUGGUCCAGGAACCGGCAGUGCCCAUGAUUUGAUCAUGAGUUCUGCACGCCUUGCGACUUACGCUCAUCGUCUUACCCACUACACCACUGAGGAACCCUUCACACUUGGAGGUGCUUCUGGCGUGCUUUUAAGCCUACACUUUGAGAGCAGCGUCUAAAAGUUUCUAGAAUCAUGCAAGAUUUGAACCCUCAACCUAACUUCACAAGAACAACCUCUUAACCUCUGAGCCACUGCUCUGUUCAGGAUGUGACAUGUUCAAUGUUGUAUUUAUAGUUUAUUUGGACAAAAAGAACUUGAAAGCAUCUACAGGUAUGGAGGACUUGAACCAACAACCUGUCUUUACAGCAGCAGCAUCUUAUCUCUCGGAAUAAUAUGGUUAAGGUUGUAUUUACCGUUUACUUCACAACAAGACCUUAAAAACAUCUAGCAUUAUUUGGGGAUUCAGGCCUUAAUAUAAUAAACCUUGUCUCUAUU